AUGGAUUGUGAGAAUAAAGUUAGAGUCAAACACAGCUUGAAUUUACUUCACCAGAUUAAUAAAAUGAAGGACGCGGAUCAAUUGACUGAUGUUGUGCUCGUGGCAGAAGGGUCCAAGUUCCCAUGUCAUCGGCUCCUGCUGGCUGCAUUCAGCCCUUAUUUCCGAGCAAUGUUCACAUGUGGCUUGGCAGAAUGCAGUCAGAGAGAAGUGGCAUUACACGAUGCACAGUCAGAGAGUGUGGCCACUAUCUUAAACUACAUGUACCAUUCAGAUUUGUGUCUCACCAACUCCAAUGUCCAGGGAGUGGCCACGAUGGCUUAUUUCCUCCAAAUGGAAACCAUUUUCAUGGCUUGCCAGAAGUACAUGAUGGAUCACAUGGAUGCAUCAAACUGCCUCGGGAUUUAUUACUUUGCAAGUCAACUGGCAGCAGAAGACCUGGCUGAUCAAGCGAACAAGUACCUCCACCGGCACUUUGCAGAGGUUUGUUUGCAGGAGGAGGUACUGGAGAUAGAAGGACAUCAGUUGCUACCCUUGGUCUGCUCUGAUGAUCUCAAUAUCUCCCGUGAGGAGAGCAUUUUGGAUUUGGUCCUUCGAUGGGUGAAUCAUGACCGGAACUCACGGGCAGUUCACCUUAUGGACCUCAUGAGGCAGGUAAGGUUGGAGCUCAUAAGUCCUGCCUUCCUGAAGGAGGCCCUUAAAAGGAACAUCAUCCUCCUUAGCAACGUGGAAUGCUACAACAUGAUUCAGCUUGCUAUAGAAACCAUCCAUAAGGCCCAGCAACAUCCAUCCCUCAGUCUACGUUAUGGGAUGGAGAAUACUGAUCUCCUCCUCUGCAUUGGUAACAAUGGUCAAGGAAUAAAGUCAAGACACAAGAGUUAUACUGAAACCAACUAUUGUUAUGCACCCACAACGAAGAAGUCUUAUUAUAUUGUGUCACCGAAAUGUGGUGAAGCUUUGGGGUAUGUCUGCACUGGAGUUGUGACUGAGAAUAAUGACAUUAUUUUAACUGGUGAAGCAGGAGUGAAUAAACUAUCGAGGCAAAAGACAAAGGACGUGGAGAUAGUGAGGUACCAUGUUCGAGGGAAUCAGCACUGGGAGAAGCUCUGCUCUGCUCCCUUCCGAGAGCUCUACACCGUGGGAACGGCCCACGGCAACCUGUACCUCAUUGGAGGCCAGAUGAAGCUGAAGAACAAAUACAUGAUCACAAACUGCGUGGACAAGUACACCCUGGAGACAGGCUGGUGGAGGAGCGUGGCACCAUUGCCUUUGCCUUUGGCGUGUCAUGCCGCAGUCACAGUCCACAACCAGAUCUAUGUCCUGGGUGGAUGGACGCCACAGAUGGAUUUUCCCGAUGACGAACCUGAUAAACUCAGCAACAGAAUGUUCCGGUACAACCCAGGAAAAGAUAAAUGGACAGAGUGUGGGCCCAUGGAGUUUUCCAAGUAUCGUUUCAGUGCAGCUGUUCUUAACAAUGAGAUUUAUGUCUUGGGUGGGAUAGGCUGCCGCGGUACUGACCGAGGCCAGGCCAGGAAAUGUUUGGAUACUGUGGAGAUCUACAACCCAGACGGAGACUUCUGGAGGGAGGGACCUCGUUUGCCUAUGCCAAUUCUGACACUCCGAACCAACUCCACGAAUGCCGGGGUGGUGGAAGGCAAGCUGUAUGUCUGCGGAGCAUUUUGUGGCGCAGAUCGACAUGAAGUCAUCGUCAAAGACAUCUUGGAAUUGGACCCUUGGGAGAAUCAGUGGAAUGUGGUGGCCCACGAAGUCCUCAUGCAUGACAGCUACAGUGUCUGUCUCGUUGCAAGGCUCAACCCUAGGGAUCUUAUUCCACCACCACCCGACUUGGUGGACCAGUGAGGGAAGGAUGACACGGGCUUUGGCUUUUUCACCUCUGCUCUGGCUUAGACUAUCCCUCACACAACAACAGGUGUCACACCUAC